CUGUAUGGGGGAGGUUAUCCGCGACGCAUCGCUUGCGGUACGGUUGUGGAAAACAAAAGGUCAUAUUGAUACACGCCUUUUUUUAUAGGAUUAUGGUUCCCAUAUGGCCAUAUUUCCAUGUUACAGCUCUUGUUUACAGGAAAACAGACGGGAGACCGAGUGGACUACUUGUGCUAAUUAGCUAGCUGCGUUUCCAAACACCUAAGUUACUGUAUGUGUAAACGGAAGACAUAUGCCACAAACGUUGUCUUGUCAAUGAAAAAUACUGUCGGCUGCUGUGUUAAACGCGGUUAAAACAGUGUACAGUGUGAGAGCUGCCAGUGCUGGGACAGUCCGUCCGUGUGUGUGUCAGUUGACUGGCACAGUGCGGAAUGCAAGAUGCUGCUCUCCCUUGGGAUGCUGAUGCUGUCUGCCACACAGAUCUACACCAUCUUCACCGUGCAGCUCUUCGCCUUCCUCAACCUGCUGCCCGUUGAGGCCGACAUCUCUGCCUACACAUUUGACAACAAGACAGGUAAUUUUGAUGACCUGCCUGCACGCUUUGGGUACCGGCUGCCCAGCGAUGGACUCAAGGGCUUUCUGAUUGGUGCACGGCCCGAAAAUGCCUGCGAGCCCAUCGACCCGCCCCCUAUCCGGGACAACCUCACUGGAGCCUUCAUCGUGCUCAUCAAGCGCUUCGACUGUAACUUUGACAUCAAGGUGCUUAAUGCCCAGAAGGCCGGGUACAAGUCGGCCAUUGUUCACAACGUGGACUCUGAUGACUUAAUCAGCAUGGGAUCCAAUGAUCUGGAUAUUUUGAAGCAAAUCGACAUUCCAUCGGUGUUUGUUAGUGAAGAGACUGCCAACUCCCUGAAAGAAGACUACACAUACGACAAGGGGGGUCAUGUGGUCCUCAUGCCAGACUUCAGCCUGCCUCUGGAAUACUAUCUGAUACCCUUCCUCAUCACUGUGGGAAUCUGCCUCAUCCUCAUCGUUGUUUUCAUGAUCACCAAGUUUGUCCAGGACAGACACAGGGCUCGGAGAAGCCGUUUGCGCAAGGACCAACUGAAGAAACUCCCCAUUCACAAGUACAAGAAAGGCGACGUCUACGAUGUGUGCGCCAUCUGCCUUGACGAGUAUGAGGAUGGAGACAAGCUCCGGGUUCUUCCCUGCUCCCACGCUUACCACAGCAAAUGCGUGGACCCCUGGCUAACCAACACCAAGAAGACAUGUCCCGUGUGCAAGCAGAAGGUGGUCCCCUCCGCAGGCGACUCCGACUCGGAGGACGACAGCGGGACCGAGGAGAACGAAGUGUCUGAGAGCACUCCGCUGCUGCGCUCCCAGGCCUCCGCCAGCGGCCACUCCUUCGGCACCACGUCAGGCGCCUCUCGCUCCGAGCCCGAUCAGGAGUCCUCGGAGUACGAAGACACCAGCGACGACGACAGCGAGGAGGAGGACGUCACCGUGGAGCCUGAGACGGUGGUGGUCCAGCUGCAGGAGCCUCGUCCCGAUGACCAUGACGCGCCUGAUUGGUUGGCCUGAGUUGACGGACAGGUCACCCCGGUUUCCCCCGCCUCUCCCUCUCCACUCACCCUCCAGGCUUGCAGCGGCAGAGACUCACGCUGGAGACUCACCCGAGACUUUGUGUUUAAUUUUGAAGUCCCCGUUUAAUAAAAAUUAGUUUUAUCUCCCUCUUUAAGUUUAGAAUGCAAAUCACCAUAAUAAUCCGUUUGUUGUCUGUUUAACCUGAUUACUGAGCAGUGUCAUCGCGUGUUUUGGGCUAACCGACGACAUAGAUUUCACAGGAACAUUGCAGUAGACUUCACUGCAUUUCACUGUCGUUAAGUCUGUAUGGGGGGUGGUAGAACACCGGAGGCAUCCUCUGACUUUGGUUACACUCAUCACUGUGAGAAAGGGCUCGACACCAACUACGAAGGAAUGCGUUGUGUGUGUGUGUAAAAAAAAAAAAAAAUGUAUAGAUCACCAUCCGUAACAUCUUAAAACAUUAUUUUGGUAGCCUGCAUAUCUGUAUGCCUCUGUAUCAGAAGGUGAGGAGUUCUAAUAUUGUAUAUAUUCCUACUGCUUGUAUAGAAAUAUCAAGCAGUAUUCAGCAGCCUUUUAUACAUUGAUUGAACUGAUCUUUUCCCAUAAGUCUAUAUAGAAACGAGGCCAUGGGAACAGGGUUCUGUCAUAGAGUACGAUUUGGAUGCGACUGAUCUGGUACGUUGAUAAUGCAAAGGCAAAAAUGAAAACAACCUGUUUGUGGUGCUGCAUUCAGCCAAAGGAAGUUGUUUGUUUGCCCAAUGUUAUGCCUUUCCUCUCAGAAGUCAUAUGUAAUACAAGCAGAAUGGGGGUGGGGAGACCGUUCUGUUCAGAUAAUACCCACGUCUACACUGCUACAAGCGGCCUGUUGGCUUAAUCUAGACAUACCAGAGAGAUAAUUUCCCUGAAAUACAAGACAUCAUUGGUCGAUAGGUCUUGCAACAUGUAUUUGGUGUCACAUUUUAAUACUGUAAGUAGGUAGUUCAAGUAUACGGAACUAAAACAUGUAAAGUGUUGGUCCCAUGUUUCAUGAGCUGAAAUAAACAAAUCCCAGAAAUGUUUCAUACACACACACACACAAAAAAAAUCUUGUUCUGUGCACAUUUGUUGACAUACCUGUUAGUGAGCAUUUCUCCUCUGCCAAAAUAACCCACCUGACGGGUGUGGCUUAUCAAGAAGCUAAUUAAACAGAAUGAUAAUUACACAUUUAAGACAAUAGGUCACAACACAAUGCAACAUGUUUUGAGGUAGUGUGCAAUUGGAAUGUCCACCAGAGCUGUUGCAAGAUACUUUAAUGUAAAUUUCCCUACAAAAAGCUGCCUUCAACUUCAUUUUUAGAGAAUUUUGCAGUACGUCUAUCCGGCCUCACAACCACAGACAACGCCGGACCAGGACCUCCACAUCUGACUUCUUCACCUGUGUGUGUGUGUGUGGGGGGGGUGCCAAGGAGUAAAGCCCUUUUGUAGAGGAAAAACUCAUUCCGAUUGGCUGAGCCCGGCCAUGUGAAAUCCAUAGAUUAGGGCCUAAUGAAUUUAUUUCAAUUUACAUACGAACCAAGUCAGUAAAAUCUUUGAAAUUGUUGCAUGUUGCAUUUAUAUUUUUCUUUUUUCCCCUAACAUGAAGUGUUUUAUGUUAAGUCCUUGUUGCCUUUCCUUUUUUUAUGUGACAUGUUUUACCACUGUCUACAUUCAAUCUAAUUUCACUUCAAUAAACAAAAACAUUUGUUACAUCUACAGAAUGGUGAUGCCCUCAAUCCAGUUCAAGAGUUCUAAUUAUGGCACACAGCCUCAGUGAUUGUGUUCAUUGUGAUGAGUCCUGUGCUCACCUGGUUCUAAAUUGGAUCCUUUGUCCUGAUCUUGUCCAAAUUCUGUUUGUACCCACAUUGACAAAUACAGUGUGAGUAGAUCAUUCUGAACACCUUUGAGAGGUUAGUCAAACACUCAUUGUGUCUGGAUAUCUUACAAGUGUAGACAGAUCUGAACAGAGAAAUAAUUUAUUAAAUCCACCCUCUCUAAUCAUUGACAGGUGGCAGAUUAAUGGGUCUUAAAAUAUUGAAAGAAUAGCUGUUAAAAUUUGCAUUAAAGAGCCCAGGAAAUUUAGUCAAGAGUGCAGCCAGUGGACAGAAAACAUUUUUAAUACCAUGUGUAUACAAUCAGAAUGUAGACAAGACCAGGACAAAGUACCUCACGUUUGCACUAGGUAUAAACAGGGCUACGGUUGUACAGAAUUGUAAUGAUCAGGACAGGUAUUGAGAGGAUCAGUAAACCAUUCAAAUCACCAAUGUUACAGCGGAACACUGCAGCCGGGACAAAUGGUGAAACCCUGUCUCUUGGAUCAGACCUGUAGAUAACAGGCUACAUGGUGGCCUAGAUCACUCCCUAUGACAUAACGAGACAAAUUACUUCGAUGUCAGCUUGGGAAAAAAAAAAAAAACCCACAAAAAAACAGGUUGUAUUGUGUCCAAAUUGAUGCAGGUUACAUGAGGGGGAAAAGCCUGUUCCAAUGGUCUGAUACUUGCCAAGUCGUGGACUACACCCUUUGAGAAAGCUGUAUAAGAUGGGAGACGAAGUCGAAUCACAUGUAAUGUCACUGCAACAAUUUGACUCUAUAUUCCUAGUUUGGUUACUUUGAUCAGAAACACAACAUAUUAAGUAAAUAUCAAGUCUACAACAAAAUAAAAUUCCCAGGCGUAAAUGUGCCUCAUGCCUCUAAGGAACACUUCCAUGUUUCCUAACAACUUUCUUUUCGAGGUGGGGUUAACAAAGAGCAUCUCAGUUGAACUAUUGAGCUCCAGGCUAGGAAGGUAAAAAAAAAAAAAAAAACCUGACCAAUUACAUACAGCCUUCUGAAAACUGCUGCUCUCGCUCAAAUUCUUUCCCCAGAGCAAAGGUCCCCCGCCGAAAAGCUACAGUUCAACUGGAAAAAACAAGCACAAAAGCAAUCUGGUUGGAAUUGAUUUAUUUAAUCCGCCUGUAAACGAGGUGAUAAAUUAAUUUAUGGCAUUUUCUUGGUUUAUGCAUAUGAAGUGUUCAAGAGACUAUCCCAAGUGUAAGAGAAGAAGUGUCAGGAAAGAAAGUCAGCAAAUGAAGUUUUUAAUUAGUACACACCACAAGGCCUGGACAUUGGCACUGAUGAAAAAAAAAAAAAAAAAAAAGUGCCAAUGAAAUGACUCCUUCCUGGGCAGCUGUUAAAAAUCCAUCAUACAAUAGAAGUUGGUGUUUCAGGAUACACAGCUUUGGUAUACAAGUUUCCACAAGACAAUCAAAGAGUUUUUAUUCCAACCAAUCCCGUCUCCCAUUUCAAUUGUGUAAUUUCUACUUUAUAUAUAUUUUUUUAAAGUUCUUCUCAAAUUGGACAUUACAUUUAAGUACAGAGCUUGAAAAGAAAGUUUGAUACCAUAUCUUAGUUGAACACGAGUACAAGGCCAUUUAUUCCACAGUCGUUUCUUCACACAGCAUGGGUUUAGAAAUGCAGUAAUUCAUUUCUUUAAUAAAAAAAAAAUCUGAAGUUGUCAAAUUAUGACCGCUCGAUUUCAUCCACCACAAACCCUCCCUCCCUCAACAGAAAGAUGUGGUUUUACAUUAGUGUUGUUUUGCCUUGAGCGGGAAAGAUGAGGCUAGAAGGCAUCCUUCACAAUGAUUUAGAGCAAUUGUAUAUAUACCCAAAGCUGUCACUAAAAUUGGUCCUAUGAAAAUGUCAAACUGGAUGUAUCUACUGUCCAAAAUGGCAGCCUUUAAAAAAUAAAAGAAAUGCAUUACAGGAGCUGGCAAACAGUUAAGUGUCUGAGCCAUUGUAACGAUGGAAUGUUCAUGAUGCGGUUCAUGUAGUCAUGAAGAAGACAUGGAAGAGAUUCUGCUUGCAUCAACCAUGUCGGUUUUGCCUUCUGACUCAACCAAUACCAGAACUGAUAAGCCCGCCAUGACUGCAUUGAAGCACAACCCCCCCCCCCCAAUCCGGUAGAGUAGUGUGGCUCAGAGAGGGAGAUACAAGGGACUUUAGGGUGUAGUGAUUGGUUAAUGGAGUGUUCCUCCUGUGUACUGAUGUAGUGUCACCUAUGGACAAACAGGAAGAGGGGGAAGGAGCUACAGACAUUUGGCAGGAGUUACAGGGAGGGGGCAAAGGGAACAACAGUAUUUCAGUAGCCUCGGAGAUAUGCAUGACGACCCCCCCCCCCCACACAAAAAAACAUGCUCUAGAAAAGGAAGACAAUGAGCUUGGUUACAGCUCAAGUGCUCCAAAGGCAUCGGCUGCUCAUGAGUGAACUUCCGGGGCACCAUCACACGAAAUCUCAGUUCAUCACAUUUUUUUUCUUAUUUUUUUUUAAUUUUUUUUCUACUGAGCAUUGGCCAGAAUGGUGCAAGGUUGUUUUUUUAAAAGUUUUUUUUUUUUUUUAACAAGUAUAGAUUUGUCACAACAUGCUCAUUUUUUUUUUCAUUUUUUUUUUAAACUAUGGUGCAACAGUGCUAGAAUGGGAUUGAGUACACAGUGUGAAUGCAUCAAGAUGACUGGGAAAGAACAAGAGAAAAGGGGAAUCAAACACAAAAAAGGGGGGG